AUGCCUCAACCGGAUCGCCAGGCUCACCUCAUCAAGUCUGUCAGGUUCCCGCUUCCCAGCCGGCGGCAGUUUCCCGCUUCCCAGCCGGUGACAGGUUCCCACGCCUCUGCAGAGGUGACCGGUCCGCUUCUGUUCCACGGGAUCAUCAUUUUGGUCAGCGUCCUGCGGCUGUCACAUGUGCUCCUUCUCCGGCCUCUAGAUAACUGUGAUGGCCCUUUGGUAUCAAAUCUGCUUCAGGCCUCCUUUGAGAGGUCCUCGCAGUCCUCCAUCAGUAACGCUCCACUCUUCGCCAAGCUCAACAGACGAGAUGGAGCGGGAGGCUGGUCUCCCCAGGUGACAGACAGAGAGCCUUGGCUGCAGCUGGACCUCAGGGACAGGAUGGAGGUGACGGCCGUCGCCACACAGGGGCGCUACGGAGGCUCAGACUGGGUCAGCGGCUACCUGCUGCUGUUCAGUGACACUGGCCGAGCCUGGAAGCAGUACCGACAAGAAGACGGGGUGGGGAGGUUUGUGGGGAACGUGAACGCUGACGGUGUCGUCCACCACAAGUUGUCCCACUCUAUUAGAAGCCGCUUCCUGCGCUUCGUCCCCCUGGACUGGAACCCCAGUGGCUGGGUGGGACUCAGAGUGGAAGUCUACGGCUGUGCCUACAAAUCGUACGUGGCAGACUUUGAUGGCAGAAGCUCGCUGCUCUACCGGUUUAACCAGAAGUCCAUGAGCACGGUGAAGGAUGUGAUCUCGCUGAGCUUCAAGAGCCGCCAGGCUGAGGGGGUGCUGCUCCAUGGAGAGGGUCAGAGGGGCGACUACAUCACACUGGAGCUGCACCGGGGCAGGCUGGCUCUCUACCUCAACCUGGAUGACACUAGGCUGCGGUUCAGCAGUGGUCGUGUUGCGGUCACUCUCAGCAGUCUUCUGGACGACCAGCACUGGCACUCUGUCCUCAUCGAGCGCUUCAACAAGCAGGUCAACCUCACCGUGGACACCCACACACAGCACUUCAGGACCAAGGGGGAAGGAGACUCCCUGGAGGUGGACUAUGAGCUCAGCUUCGGGGGCAUCCCACUGCCAGGUAAGCCUGGUACCUUCCUGAGGAAGAACUUCCAUGGCUGCAUUGAGAACCUCUACUACAAUGGGAUCAACAUCAUCGACCUAGCCAAGCGCCGCAAGCCUCAGAUCUACAGCGUGGGCAAUGUGACCUUCUCAUGCUCUGAGCCUCAGCUGGUGUCCACUACCUUCCUGAGCUCCAGCAGCAGCUUCCUGUCGCUCCCGGCCACGCCGUCUGCUUCGGGGGGCUUCGCGGUGCGUUUCCAGUUCAGAACGUGGAACCCAGACGGGCUACUGCUCUCCACCCGGCUGGCCCUGGAGCCCCAGAGACUGGAGCUGCAGAUCAGUAACAGUCGGCUGCGCCUGACCCACCACAUGUCAGCCCAGCAGAAAGAAGAGGUCUCCACCGGUCACAGAGUGAAUGAUGGACUGUGGCACUCUGCGAGUCUCAGUUCCCGAGGUCUCCAGGUCACCAUGACUCUGGACAACGAGCCGUCCUCAACUAUGGAGCUGGGAGACCACAUAGAGGCAGGAGACAGCCUCUACUUCGGAGGCUGCCCCUCCUUGCCCUCGAGUGACUCGUACUGUGAGAACCCCACAUUGGCGUUCCAGGGGUGCAUGCGUCUCUUCUCCAUCAACAGCCAGCCCAUGGACCUGAACCUGGUGCACCAAGGACGACUAGGAGACUACAAGGAGCUGCAGUUUGACACAUGUGGCAUCCAUGACAGAUGUCUGCCCAACUUCUGUGAACAUGGAGGGCAGUGUUCACAGUCCUGGAGCCACUUCUACUGCGACUGCUCUGGCACAGGAUACACUGGAGCCACCUGCCACAACUCCAUCUAUGAGGCAUCAUGUGAGGCCUACCGGCUGACUGGCAGCUCCUCAGGCCUCUUCUCCAUUGAUCCAGAUGGCAGUGGUCCUCUGGGGCCCACACAGGUCUACUGCAACAUGAUAGAGAACAAGGUGUGGACAGUAGUGACCCACAACAACACAGAUCCAGUCAGGGUCCAGGGUUCGACACUACAGAAGCCCUACAUUAUGAAGUUUAACUACAGCGCCUCACCUGAACAACUGAUGGCCCUCGUGGCCAGGUCAGAGCAGUGUCAACAGGAAGUAGUAUACAGCUGCAGGAAGUCCCGCCUCUUCAACACGUGGGAUGGCAGCCCGCUGUCCUGGUGGGUGGACCAGGGUGGAGAGAGACGAACCUACUGGGGAGGCUUCCUGCCAGGUGUUCAGCAGUGCUCCUGCAGCCUGGAUGAGAACUGCAUGGACAUGAACUACUUCUGCAACUGUGAUGCCGACACAGACUCAUGGGCUAAUGACACAGGAGUACUUUCCUACAAAGAGCACUUACCAGUGACUGAGAUCGUGAUUGGAGACACCAACAGAACUGGCUCUGAGGCGCUCUACAGAAUCGGCCCGCUGCGUUGUUAUGGCGACAAGUCUGUGUGGAAUGCAGCGUCCUUCUACCAGGAGUCAUCCUACCUGCACUUCCCCACCCUCCAGGCAGAGCUCAGCACUGACAUCUCCUUCUACUUCAAGACCAGCGCUCCCUCAGGAGUCUUCCUGGAGAACCUGGGCCUCAAGGACUUCAUCAGAGUGGAGCUCAGCUCUCCGUCCGUGGUGACGUUCUCCUUUGACGUGGGAAACGGGCCGGUGGACCUGGCCGUCAAGUCCCACGUGCCCCUGAAUGACAGGCAGUGGCACUAUGUGAGGGCGGAGCGCAGUGUGAAGGAGGCCUCACUGCAGGUGGACCAGCUGCCCAUGCGCUUCCUGGAAGCUCCAUCUGAGGGACACCUCCGCCUCCGGCUCAACAGCCAGCUGUUUGUGGGGGGGACGGCGGCUAGGCAGAGGGGCUUCUUGGGUUGCAUCAGAAUUCUGACUAUAAACGGUGUGACCUUUAACCUGGAGGAGCGGGCUAAGAUGACCCCGGGGGUGAGCGCUGGCUGCCCUGGCCACUGCAGUGGCUCCAGCAGUCUCUGCCACAACAAUGGGAGGUGCAUCGAGAAGAACAGCGGCUACGUCUGUGACUGCUCUCAGUCUGCCUACGGGGGGCCCUCCUGCAAGGAAGAGGUGUCUGUGUCGUUUAACAGAGAGUCGUCGGUGACCUACACCUUCCAGGAGCCUUUCUCUGUGAUGCAGAACAGGAGCUUCCAGGCCUCCAGUGUCUACAGAGAGAACAGCAGGGCCAGAGAGAACAUUGCUUUCAUCUUCAUGACCACACAGAGCCCUGCCAUGCUGCUCACUGUCAGCACCUUCAGCCAGCAGUACAUAGCAGUCAUCCUGGCACGCAAUGGGAGUCUACAGAUCUGGUACCAUCUCCAUGUGGACAGGAGGCCAGAUGUGUUCAGCCCCAGACCCACAAGCCUGGCAGACGGACGCCUCCACCGUAUCAGAAUCCACCGUGAGGGAAAAGAUGUCUACUUACAGAUCGACCAGGACAUCCACAGGAAGUACACCCUGUCAUCUGAUGCAGAGUUGAUCUUAAUCAGAUCCUUGACUUUGGGCAUAGUCGUCGGAGGUGAGAAUUUUGAUGAGGAAGUGAUGCAGGCAGGAUCUAAGGGCUUCAUUGGCUGCCUGUCCUCCGUCCAGUUCAAUCACAUGGCUCCACUGAAGGCAGCGCUACUGAACCGUGGCAGCUCAUUGGUCAGUGUAUGGGGUCACCUGGUGGAGUCUAACUGUGGGGCUCCGGCUGACUCAACAACCUCACACCCACUCUCAGGUGUGGUGUCAGCAAUAGUCUUCAUCACUCUGUGUGUAGUGGCGGUGAUGACCCGUUUCCUGUACCAGCACCGGCAGGCCCGGAGAGACGCCAGCAUCAAGGAGAAGGAGCACCAAACCAACCUGGAAACAGCCUACCGGAGAGAAGCAGCCUACCAGGCAGAACCAGCCUACCGGACAGAGUGCCACCUCCAUGACAGUCAUAGCUCCACCCUCAGGGACAACAGGGAGUACUACAUCUGA